ACUUGCUUCCUUGCCGCGCCUUUGCGGCUCCCGCUUGAACGCGUACUUUCAGUGUUGACCUUCGCAGUCAGACACCAGCUGCCUUCACUCACAUAUAUAUACACAGCCGCAAAAUCCUAUCCUCAGUUGGAAAGCAUCGAACAAUCAUCAUAGCACAAAAUCAGAAUCAUAACAAGUAUCAGUUGACAUACGGUGAAACACAUGGCAGAGAAGCCCACCGAUAGCAGCGAUUCCAAGUUCAAAGGUGUCCGCAAGCGUAAAUGGGGGAAGUGGGUGUCCGAAAUCCGUCUACCAAACAGUAGGGAGCGAAUUUGGUUAGGAUCGUACGAUUCGGCAGAGAAAGCCGCACAUGCUUUUGAUGCCGCACUCUUUUGCUUACGUGGCCGCACAGCCAAAUUCAAUUUUCCAAAUAAUCCACCGCUCAUAGUGGGUGGGCAGUCGCUUUCUCCGCCCGAAAUUCAAGUAGCUGCUGCUAGGUUUGCAAAUUCUAAGCCUCCGAGAAACCAAUUGGAGAGUUCUUCGUCUACGGAUCAAUCGGCUGUGUCGGAGUUGCAAGCGGAGUCCCCGUGUCCUUCGGUAGUGUUAGAUUUGACAGCACAAAUGGAUGGUAGUAGGCGGAUGCUGGAUUCCCCAUUCUUGGAUUCGAGCAAUUAUCUGACGGAAUACGGGAUAUUCCCAGGUUUUGAUGAUCUUCACAAUGAUCUUUUAGCACCACUAACAGCACCUAGCCUUGAGUUUGGAGAGGAGAACUUUGAUGGUGUUAUAGGUGAAGACCCAUUUCUCUGGCGUUUUUGAAGAGGGUAAUUUUGGAUGGGAUAGUUGUGGACAGUUUUUUUCUUUUGAGCCAGAGUAAUAACUCAGUGAAUUAUACGCUGAGAAAUAUGUUAAUAUAUUUUUUUUAUUUUAAAUAUAAAUAAUUUUAAAAUAAAUAAAUAAAAAGACUUUAAAUAAA